CAUUGCCAUUUUGUUUUAUAAAUGCUUAAAGUUAUUUACCUGAGCUUCACCAAAAUCAGUUUUCAGCUCUUUAACAUCUCCCUAUAAUGAUUACACAAAUUAUUUUAAAAACUGAGGCUGAUUUUCUAAAUGUUAUGAUGUACAAAAGGAUACCAGGAGUGACCUGUACCACAGUUUGAGAAACACUGCUCUACAUCAGUUAGUGUGGACUGAAACAUUAAUCAUAAAUUUGUACAUUAAACAAUCAGUCAUCAAUCUGUCUCUGUUGUAUAUUAACAUCAUUGCAUGUAUUUAAACAUGUAUUUCACUUAUAUUUCACGUCUUUAAUUGAAUGUGUUUUUUGUAUGAAGCCUACAUUUCUAUGCACUGUGACCAGGACUUUUAUUUUGGUAUGGCGUUGUGACGUCAUAAAGCUGCGCCGAGCAACGCUGCGUCUGUUGUGAAUCGAAUAAAGAAAGGAAAACUCCUGGAGAAGCUGAGAUCCACAUGACACACUAUUAUAAAGAUGGCGUUUAUUAAAGAGGAGAAUGAAGACAUAAAGAUUGAAGAAGCAUCCAGCGUGAAACAUGAAGAUACUGAAGAACAAACAGACCUGAUGCAGCUGAAAGAGGAGAGUCAAGAACUGGAUGAAUUUGAAGUAAAAAGUCAUUAUAGAAAAGAUCAUGAUUUCAGAACUGGAAAAAAAACUUUUAAUUGCUCAAUAAAAAAAAAGGUUUCCUCACGAAAAAGAGCUCUGAUUACAGAAACUAUAAGUGACUUUACCUGCCAACAGUGUGGAAAGUGUUUCACCCGAAAAGCAAGCCUUAAUGUCCACAUGAGAAUUCACUCUGGAGAGAAGCCUUUCACCUGCCAACAGUGUGGAAAGAAUUACACUCAAAAAUCAAACCUUAACAUCCACAUGAGAAUUCACACUGGAGAAAACCCAUUCAACUGCCAACAGUGUGGAAAGAUUUUCAGUCAAAAACGAAACCUUGAAGUCCACAUGAGAGUUCACACUGGAGAGAAGCCUUUUACCUGCCAACAGUGUGGAAACAGUUUCACUCAUAAAUCAAGCCUUAAUGUCCACAUGAGAGUUCACACUGGAGAAAACCCAUUCACCUGCCAACAGUGUGGAAAGAUUUUCAGUCGAAAACGAAACCUUCAAGUCCACAUGAGAAUUCACACUGGAGAGAAGCCUUACACCUGCCAACAGUGUGGAAACAGUUUCACUCAAAACUCACACUUCAACAUCCACAUGAGAGUUCACACUGGAGAGAAGCCUUUUACCUGCCAACAGUGUGGAAUCAGUUUCACUCAAAAAUCAAACCUUAAUGUCCACAUGAGAGUUCACACUGGAGAAAACCCAUUCACUUGCCAGCAGUGUGGAAAGAAUUUCAGUCAAAAACGAAACCUUGAGGUACACAUGAGAAUUCACACUGGAGAGAAGCCUUUUACCUGCAGUCUGUGUGGGAAGAGCUUCACACAAAAACAAAAUCUACAGAUUCACAUGAGAACUCACACUGGAGAGAAAGACAUUCACGUGAUCAGUGUGGAAAGAGUUCAGAUGUAAAAUAACUCUUAAAACACACGAGCACUCACUCGUCAUGCGCCUUCCCUAUUAAACAUACAGAAAAAGUGUUACACUUUCUUUGUAACGUGUAUACUCAAUAUUUGACUUCAUAACUUGUUCAAAUUUGUAUAUUUUUUUACACUAAUGCAUCGCUUUGCUUCAGAAGGCCUUUAUUAACCCCUCAGAGCCGUAUGGAGCACAUAUUUAUGAUGUAUGGAUGUGAAUGGAAGCUUUUUCUUCAGCUCAUACUCAUUGACCCCAUUCACUGCCAUUAUAAAGCCUGGAUGUGUCAGGAUAUUUAUUAAUAUUUCUUUGAUUAUGUUCAUCAGGAACAAGAAACCGUAGAAAUGCAUAAUUCCCAGUCAAAGGAUGUGAACAGCUUUGAAUAUAACGUCAUGUGUUGUCAUCUCAAGAUUCCAGUAAAUACGAGGUGGCGUGAAUGCAGCAUAAGAAUCAAACAAUUUUUGUAAAAAGCACAACUUUUGAAUUUUUGAUUAUAUUAUAGGGAGAUUAUUUUAAAAACUGAGGCUGAUUUUCUAAAUGUUAUGAUGUACAAAAGGAUACCAGGAGUGACCUGUACCACAGUUUGAGAAACACUGCUCUACAUCAGUUAGUGUGGACUGAAACAUUAAUCAUAAAUUUGUACAUUAAACAAUCAGUCAUCAA